UCAGCAGCACUUCUACCGACCUCAACCAAUCAGAUAUUUGGUUUCAUUAGAUUUGCAUUCCUUGAGUUCUUUUUCAGUACGAACAUUCUUCAUCAUUUCUCUGCAGAGUGCAUCAGUUCUGUUGUCUGAGUAAGUGGAGUCAAGGCAGCAGAUUCAGACACACAUACAAUCUACUGUAUAGAUUUAUCACAGUAAAUAUGUCAACAAAGGAUCCAAAGUGAUCUCCUGCUCUUGCAUCCAGGUGGCCAAAAAAAAAGAAAGAAAAUUGUCACAAGCUGUGAAGAAAGUAUUGGUUAGUCCAGAGGACCCCUCAUCAGUAAACUGGUAUUGGCUGGGAUGUUUCAUGUAAAAAACCAUCUGUUCAUCAUUUGCGACCAUUACAGACAUGUAUGUGUCAGGGGUCGUGUGCGGAGGCGAGGAAGAGAUGACCCACACGCAGGACUCUUGGUGCAGAAUGAGGAGGUUUUUUGGAAACGGAGACAACAGAUGACAGGAUGGCUGGCUGAACUUAAUGGACUGGUAAACUAACUGGCUGACUGAACUGAACACGUGACAAGAACAACAUCAACAUCAAUGACACGACAAGGGCUGAAGGGAACAGAGGGCUUAAAUACAUGACUAACAAUGACAAUGAUUGGAGACAGUGUUCUGCUGAGUCCUGGGAUUCCUCCUGAUGGAUCAAUUCAUUACACCUGCACUCCCCAACAGCAGCAGCUUCUCCUGGCAGGAUCAGCACCACAGCAAUUACAAGUACUGCACAGGAACAGCUCAAGACCAGGCCUUCAGUCUGACCACCAGAAUAAACCUGAUCCUUUGGGAGGCCCCCAGACCAGGACGAGCAGCUCCCAAAGGAUCCACUGCCAACGUUCUCAGACCAAAAGAUGGUUUGAAUGUUGGGGACGACUGCUGUAAAGUUGAAGCAUGAAUGAAGAGGACCAAACACGAAAAACCAGUUUGAAAUAAAAACAAUUAAAGCAUUUCGGUCACAGUCCUCCUUCAUACACGCAGACUAGAUAAAAUAAUCAGCUGCAAACCUAAAAAUAGACGUCAGUUAAAUCAACAACCACAUACCUGAUUAACAUACAGUUAUACUAUGCUGCUGUAGCGCUGAAGCUGUACAGUAGGCCGUUAGGGAGAUGUGAUAUGAUCUCCCAGUCUGUCAGCGAGGAAACCACCAGUUAAUAUUUAAUCAGCAAUUUAGUUUGCCUUUCAAAUAUUCAUGAAAUCUAAUCAACUUAAUCACGGUGUGAUCGUUAUUUCACAGCGUAAUGAAACUCCCCGCCAGUUCACUCAACUGUGUCCAGGGUGGCUGACUUCACGCCGUCGCUCUCUAAAACAAUAAAACUGACACACACACACACACACACACACACACACACACACACACACACCUAAAGAUGCAGGCACACAUGCAUCACAUAAAAAACAAUGUAGCUGACUAGGAAAGGAGAAGAGAAACCAAUAAAUAAACAGAUUAGUGUGAAAGGAAGCAAAAAAGGAAAGAAGAAAGGAUAGAAGUAAGAAAGGAGAAAUGCUAUAAGAAGGAAGGAUAUAAAAACAAUGAAAGAAGGAAGAAAAGUCAAGAUGAAGGGAUGGUAGUGUAUAGGGAAGGAUACGGGAAGGCGGUAUGAAAGGAAAGGAAGGUAGAAAAAAGACUGUAGAGAAGAAAGGAAAGAGAAAUACACGAAAAAAGGAAGGAAAGAAGGGACUGAGGAAGGAUGGAAGGUCGCAUGAAAGGAAAAAAACAUAUAGAAGAAACAAAGAAAGGAUACCAAGAAGGAAUUGAUGGCAUAUUGAGGAAAUAUUAAGAGAAGGAAGAAAAAAAUAAUGAAAACAAAGAAAGAAGGGAAUAAGGAAGGAAAAAGUAAAGAAAGGAGGGAUGGGAAAGAAGGAAGAAGAAAAAAGGAAGGAUGAAGGAAGGACAAAGGUGGAAGGAUAGAUAAGAAACAAAGGAACAAAUACAGGACGGAAGGAAGGAAAGAAGGAAGCUGCGUUGUGUUUUUCAGCUUUGCUGUUAUUCUGCCCCCUGGUGGCUAAAAAGCCACAUAAAGCAUCUUUAAAGAUUAUUGGACAGUUUUUGCACAACAAAAGGAAAUGAGAUGAUCAAUAUGAAAGAUAUACUCAACUUCAUACUAAACAGACUCAUAAAUUAUUGACACCAUCAGCCAUAACUCUGACUUUAGGAGCUGUUUGCCAUUUUUAGAAAUACAUUUAUUCCCUUUCUUGCCAGGAGUUAGUCAAUAAGACUCUUGGGGGGCCGAGCUAGCUGUCCUCCCGCAGAGCUUCCAGUCUUUAUGCAAAACUAAAUGUGCAGCUGGGAGUUUUGCAUACUGAUGUGAGUGGGGUAUAUCAGUCUGCUAUUUUAUUAUCCGAGUAUUUUCUUUUUUAUGUUACAGCUUCUUCAGAUGUUUGGUUUGGGCUUUAAGUGGUUUCCAGAAGUUCUCCCCUAAAGGCGAGAUGGCAGAGGCAUCAGAUGGAUUGGAGUACCCUUGGAGCAUUAAUUUUUAGAAAACUUCUCAAGAGUUUAUUUUAUUCAUCUCAAACUGAUUAACUUUCCUGCAGUUUUGAGAUGAAGCUGUACUUUAUGAAACAGAUCGAGGCACCCUGAGAGCACGUACCAGUAGAUUUGGUCCCAUGUUGGUGAGGGAGAGCAGGAAACAACAUUAUGAAGUGUAUACACACAUGCGCCUCAGAGAAGAUCCUGCAGCUUUCUGCUGUGUGCAACAAAAUAUUAUAAUAUGGCAAGAAAUGAUAACAUGUACAGCUUCUCCUCCUGCCGUUUCCCGACAUCCAAUCUGAUAAGAUGAGAUAAAGUGGAUGUGAGACUUUAGCAUCACGCAGACACAACAGAGAGGCUAUUACUGAGUCUGAUGAAAAACAGAUAGAUUGUACUGUAUUUCAGCCUGUGGCUAAGAUCCCACAGGCCGGGCAGAAUGAGGUGCUCUCCAAAAUGAGCUCGACAUCCCCGCAAAUAGGACACAGCAGCUUCCCCGUGUUCUCCUCGGGCCAAGCAUUACACUGUACAUUAGAUCCAUCUCAGCGUUCCUCUGUGGAGAGCUGCGGCAGCAUGUACGGGAUAAACGGAGGUGUAUUGUGUCAUCUGGAAACAUCCCGUGUUAUAGAAUUAGCAUAUUUAUGCUUCACAGUCCUCAGUUUCUUUGUCUGGCUUUAACCUGGAUUUAAUUCUCCACAGUUUAAACGUGCUGUUUAAUUCAGUUUAAAGCUUCUUAACGUGGGAUUCUUCAGUGACUGUGGUCAUUGUUGGAUUCUUGUUGCUUUGCAUUAAUUACUGUUUUAUUGAUGCACAUGCAAACACACACACACACACACAGUGUAGAUGACUAGAAAAGGAGAGGGAAUUGGGUUGAAGAAAGGAAGGAAGGAAUAAUUUAAGGAAGGCAGGAAGGAAGCAAGGACAGAAGGAAGGAAACAUGAUAGAAAGAAGAGAAUAGAAAGGCAAGAAUAGAAGAAAGGACAGAAGUAAGUAUGGUAAGAAAGGAACCAACAAAGGAAGGAAUGGUACAGAGAGAGGAAGAAGGAAGGAAAAUAGAAAAAAAACAUGAAAAGAAUGAAGGAUGGAUAGACAUCAGGAAAAGGAAGAAAGGAAGGAAUAAAGGAACCUGAAGGGUAUAGAGAUGGAUUAAAGGAAAAGAAAAGGAAGAAGCAAGACAAAAAGAAGGGAAGGAAAGAAGAAAUUUUAUAGAGAAGGAAAAGGAGGAAAGUUAAGAAGACUGUAGAGAAUAAAUGAAGGAAAGGGAAGGGAAGAAACAAGACAAAAAGGAGGAAAGGAAGAACAAUAGAAGGUAGAGAAGCAAGAAAACACAGGAAGGCAGAAAGGAAGGAUUGAAUAUGUAUUUGGUUAAAUUUGUAGGAAGCACUCGUGCUGCUCAUCACUGUGUGAAGGAUAGACUGUAUCUAAACGAUGGACUUAGCUUCAGGCAACGUAACAAAUUACUUUCUAUAACUAAAGUUUUUAAGCAUUUUUAAACUCUAAUGAGUAACGUGUAGUUACUGCUGACUUACUCCCUCGGUCUCUCCUUUUUCCUUGUUCUAGAGUCCAUGUUGUUUCCUCCAAUUAGAUGUUGAAUUAUUAUUAUUAUUAUUAUUAUUCUCUCUUUUUUUCUUUUCUUUUAGACAAACCUGCUGCAUCCUGCGCUUGAGGCCUUGUUACAGUUUUCAUCUUGUUUUCCACCCACCUGCCUUUUCCCUGUCUGAAUACCAGGUCUCUUUAGAUGAAGCGUGACAACCACUUUGCGUAACGUCAGCCUCAUGGGAUCAUUAGUGUGACAAUAAACUUUGUUAUUUUGUUUUUUUGAGGGGGGUUUUCUCUUUAUUUUCAGCUCCCGUGUCAGAAUACAGAAUUUAUAGUCUGCAUAAAGACUGGAAGCACUGACAGCUAGGCUGGUCCCCAAAGAGCCUUAUAGAUUAUCUCUUGCUAAGAAAGAGAAAAUAGCAAUGAAAAACACGAUUGAUGACGCUCAAGAAGAUCUCACAACCAUAAAUUUGAAUAAAUCUCACAUAUUGAUCGCCUGAUUAUCUUUUGAUGUGCAAAUCUGGCUGAUUUAACCUCUUUGAAACUGUCAUGGGUGACACAGAGCAUCAUUAGCAUCCUUUAAAGCAGAAACUUUAAAGAAAUGUUAUUACAGCUUUCCAGUGCAUAUGGGAUUCAUGUCACCCAAACACAAAUGAUCCCAGAAUGAAGUUACAACUGCAGCUUCACCCUUUCCAUGUCUGUCAGAUGCUGCGGGCGUCACAGAGUAAAAAGCAUUUAAAAUUCAUGUUCUGGGGCAAAGUCGGUAAAGUUUCCUUUGAAAAAAUUCAGAUUUGACUGUUAACUUUAUAUCAGCAAUGUUUUUAUGUGACCACUUAAAAUAAGUUCAUAUUCAAUAAUACUUCAAAGUAAAUGCCUAAAUAUGUUCCUGGAGGCAUUUCAUGGCAGUUUCUGAUCUGCUGACAGUUUAAAGGUGGACUGUGAUUGACGCUGUGACAUCAUCCAUUUAUUUUGAACUGUGUGUUUUGAAGCCUCGGCUUUGGCGUUUUGGCUGCCAACAUGUUGCUUCAAGCCAGAAGUUAUCAUAUUUGGAUGAGAAGGUAGAGUACAAAUUUAUCCUUUAACAAUGCCUAUUUUGGUUCGUAAGCUGUAUUUUUAUAUGUGCUUUAAAGUCCUGAGUUUCCUUUCUGGUUAAGAGAUCUUAACAUUUUCCUGUAGUUCCCAGGAUCCAGCUUCUUUAAGCAGGAUCCUGGGAACUACAGGAAGAUUUUAAGCAGACACGAUCAGUUUGAAAAUACAGCACUCAUAUAGUACAUAUAUUUAUUUGAUGGUUAGUCAUGUUCCACCAACUUCUCUACGUACAAAUUAGAGAAACCCUUCAAAUAACUAAGGGAGUCUUAAAGCUACCUUCGGUCCAUUCCUCCUCUCCUGCUGAGCCACACUGACAGAAGAAACUGUACACAGUCGUAUAAAAACACAGCAGUGGAGCUUCGGGAGUCAGCAAGGUAAACGCUACAGAAAAUAUGAAUCCCAGAAGCUCGACACGUGGCGAUAAACAAAGAGGAAGAACACCUCGUUAAAAUCUGAAAAGAGUCGGUGACUGGAAACCUUCAAAGAAAGAAAUGGAAACUCAGACACGGUUGGAGAGGAGGGCUGAAAUGAUGAAGUGUGAUAGCAGCAAGAGUUAAGUGACGGUGAGGAGCAAAGCAGAGGGGAUGAGUAGAUGCAGAUGUAGCACAGUCAGAUUAUCAGUUUGAGGAAGGUGAUUGGCAGGGAUUAUACAGCCAUUGUUAAUUGAAUGUAAGGUUGAAAGGACAGGAAAUGAGAGGGGAUUAUGCAAAAGAGACAUUAUGAUGCAAAAGAGUUUCAAUUAGAGCAGAAAGCUUCAAAUGUCUUUUUAGAUUCAUCAUUAUGAAUAGAAAUGUAUUUUUGAGCAUGUGUUAGUAUUACGGGGGGGUUGCUGUCAUUCCCAGUCACUUCCCCUUUGUUAUAAUGCUGAUAACAGCUGAUUGUGGAAUAUUUAGAAGUGAGGAAAUUUCAUGGCUGGACUUCCUGCACAGGUGGCGUCCUAUCACGGUACCACGCUGUAAUCCUCUGAGCUCCCGAGAGUGACCCGUUCUUUCACAAAUGUUAGUAGGAGCAGUCUGCAUGCCCAGGUAUUUGAUUUUAUACACCUGUGGCAAUGGAAGUGACUUGAACACCUGAAUUGAAUGAUUUGGAUGGGGGGGUGAAUACCUUUGGAAGCUUAAUGUAUUUAAUAUAUCACAGAUUUUCACACAGGACGCCCUUCCUGCUUAGUGUCACCUCCCGUCCUGAACCAGGGAUUGUUUCACAUGUUUGAAUGUGAACGUUUGAACACUUGAUCAUUUUUCAUUUUGGUUUAAAGUGCUCCUCUGAACCUGCUCAUAAAAACUACUGACGGUGCUUUGAAUUCAGCGUUGGCAGGUCUCCUCUGUCAUCUUUUAGACAGCACUGCAUUGGUCGGUUUUGAAGCCUGCAGACCUCAAGCAGGAGACACAAAGAAGAUAAAAGUGUAGCACGACGAGAAGUUCAGUUUGUCUCCUGCUGUUUCUGAAACAACACAGCGGGAGCAGCUCGCUAACCUACAUUUCAAGCUUUAAUGUUUAAUAUGUGCGUGUGUGUAUUAAGUGUUAUAUUGUUGCAUGCAUGCAGUAUGCAUAACUGUCACAUGUACAGCACAGUCCAUAUUUAUGUGUGGUCACUGCACAGUUCUGUGCAUCGGUCGGUCUGUUGUAGGCAUUUCAUUCAAGUAUUUUAUAGUAUGUGCUUUAAUCUUAUGAUUAAUUCAUCAUUUUUAUUAAUUCUAUGAUAUCUGGACAUUUUUGAGUAAAUGUGGAAAAUUAUAUUACAAAUCUGAGACUGAUAGUUUAUUUACAGCCAGAGAUUUAACAUGUUUUAGCGCUGUAACCAUGGGACUAGCUCAGAAACUUCUGGGGUUUUAUGAUUUCAUUUCCACCUACACUAAUGUAGAACUGGUUUCAUGCAUUCCCCCCUAAAAACCCCAAUUUGUGUCUAAAAGCUGACACAGUAUCAGACCUGGGUCCAGAGCUGGACCUCUGACAUCAGCGACCGUGGGAGGAGCUACUCCAGAGAAAUUCACCAGCGAUCUGCAGCUUUUCAUCAGUCUUAAAUUACUUAAACAAACUGUUUUCACACUCCAGAAAAAUUCAGGGGAGUCACGUCUGCAUAUUUUCAAAAAUUGUCCUUUUCUCAUAUGAAGCACACAGCAGGAGGGAGUCUGCUUCAGCAUUCGUGGAGGAGCCGUCUGGAUAGAGCGUGUGGGACGCGUAAACUCAAAAGCAGCACAUUGUUUGGACUGGAUGCUUCUCGCACAUUGGCUAAGUCUGACAUCACGCAGGUUAUUGAUGGGCUGAUGUCCAGUUUGACCACAUUCUCAUGUGCACCUCAGUCAGAGGAUGUGUGGAACGGUUCAGUGCUGCAGAGCAGCUCACGUGAUGUUCAGUCCUCAAACAGCUGGUUUCUCUGCUCUCUUUCCACAGUCCAAAGACAUGCAUGGUAGGUUAGUUGGUGAAAAUGAUAACUUUGAAUCCUCUGACCACAUGCUUCAAAGGUUCUCCAUCUUUCUCAGAAACACUGAUAUUCCUCUGUUUUCUCCCCUAACAUCAAUAUUCUGAUGCUUAUGUUUGGUUGUAGUGUUCAGACACUAGUUCAGCUUCCCUGUAUGAUUUACAAAAUGUGCCACUGACCACCAGCUGAUGCCACCAAACUCAGUGAUGCUGAAUCACAGCCCUUUCUCUCCUCAUGAUGUCACAACCUCAGCAGUCGCCCGCCUCCAAAAGCCGGCAGCGGGAGAGAGAAGUCAGUCACUGUGCAGGGCUUCCUGCUGCAGAGCUGCACUCUGAUUCAUUUGUUUCAGACCAGCAGAAGAGAAGAAGCAGCAGAAGGACAAACUUGUGGGAAAAUAACAAGAACAGAGGAAAAAACAUCCCUUGAAUGGCACCGGGGACCUGCAGCAGAAACAUGGAGCGGUCAGACUGUGACCUAAAAGGAAAGUCUAAGAGGAAGAGGAGGAGGAGGUGCAAAGGCAAAGGAUGCAGCAGCACGCCGUCAACCUUCAUAAGCCCCAUAAAACACUGGGAUACUGAAGCAUCAUCAGCUGAGGAUGCAGACAGUUCAAGUACCAGCAGUUUGGAGGUGAAGGAGAAUCAGGAUGAUAAAUGCCAGGUGGAGCGUGACCUCCUUAGAAAGUAUCACCCAUCAACUUUUUGCACAACUUUCCCCAGAAAUGGACAAAGAGCUUUGAAGAGGAAGCAGCCGCUGGUGGACGGAAAAGAGCAGCUGCUCUACCAAAGUCACUCCACCUGUAAAAGAGCAGCUUGGGGUGUGACUCAGAAGAACGCACUGGUGCACCUGAAUGAGCUACGACCAGGCCUGCAGUAUGAUAUCACAUCAAAGACUGGCCCGCUGCACGCACCGGUAUUUUCUGUAGCCGUGGAGGUAAACGGCUUCCACUUCGAGGGCCGAGGACCAACUAAAAAACAGGCCAAGAUGAGGGCUGCAGAGCAGGCUCUCCAGUCAUUCAUUCAGUUCCCAAACACCUCCCAGGCUCAUGCAUCCAUGGGGAACUUCACCAGCACACCGGUGGACUUCACAGCAGAUAAAGUGGAUAUUCCCAACGGAUUUUUCAAAGAGUUUGAGCCAUCGGUGCUUCGGAACUGUGAUCUACUCCACUCCAACGCAGCAAAAAAGGAGGUCUUCUCCAGCAUUUACAACCACAGAAGACUUGUUCGUCUGACGCUGGACUUGGUGUCCUCUACAAAUCCAAAAAGACGAGCAGUCACCACCUCACUGUUAGAGGACUUCAGCCCAGUAGCACUGCUCAAUGAGCUGCGCCCGGGGCUCAGGUACAUGUGCCUGACUGAGAGAGUUCCUGUCAGGGCGAUGAAGAGUUUCGUUAUGAUGGUCAGGUUGGAGGGGCGGGUGUUUGAAGGGUGUGCUCCCAGUAAAAGACUGGCCAAGGCCAAAGCAGCAGCAGCUGCCCUACAGUCUCUUUACAACAUAAGUCUGGGACCAGAGAGGACCUUCAUGGGCCUGCAGGACAGCAGGGCCAAAAAUCAGCUACCUCAGUUCUUCGCAGAGUCAAUCUUCCACUUGGUGAGAGAGAAAUACACAGCGCUCGCAGACAGCUGUUCCUCUACCUCGCACGCCCGACACAAGGUGCUGGCAGGGAUCGUGAUGACCAGAGGACUCGAUCUUCGAUCAGCCCGGGUUGUGUCUCUGGCCACAGGGACGAAGUGCUUGGACUUGGGUGGUGUGAGCGACAGUGGCUGUACGCUCACCGACUGCCACGCUGAAGUCGUGAGUCGACGGGCGCUGGUUCGAUUCCUGUACAGUCAGCUGGAGCUGCUCCUCUGCAAGCCGGCGGACAGUGAGGAACAGUCGAUCUUUAUACCAAAUAAAAGCUGCGGUGAUGGCUUCCGGCUGCGGGAGGGCGUCCACUUCCACAUGUACGUCAGCUCGUCGCCGUGUGGAGACGCACGACUCAACUGCCCCUACGAGACCACAGCUGCAUAUCCCAGCAGGAGAUUUCGCUGCCACCUCAGGGUGAAGGUAAAGGGAGGUGAGGGGACACUGCCCAUCACGGCACGGAGAGCCAAUCAGAAAUGGGAUGGCUUAUCGCUGAGUAAACCUCUCGUUACCAUGUCAUGCACAGACAAAUUGGCAAAGUGGAGCGUUGUGGGCCUCCAAGGGGCUCUCCUGUCUCACCUGGUGGAGCCGGUUUACCUCCAGAGCCUAACGGUGGGCACGCUCAGCCACACGGGUCACCUGGGCAGAGCUAUGGCACGCCGCCUCGCGCCCAUCAAACACCUCCCCUUCCCCUACAGACGACAGCAGCUGCUGCUCGGCUGUUUGAGCAGCAGGGACGCCCGGCCAGCAGGGAAGCCUCCCAACAUCAGCGUGAACUGGAGCUGCGGUGAUGGAGGCUGGGAGGAAAUCAGCACCUCCACAGGAAGGAGGAAGGACUCAGGGACGCCAUCGCGGCUCUGCAGGCGCUCGCUGUUUGCCCGCUGGCUGAGGCUGCAGCAGCAGCUAAAGGGCCCUGUAAUCGGGGCAGAACCCACAACAGGGACGUAUUGUGCUUCCAAGAUGUCUGCUCAGUGCUACCAGAGGGCGGUGCAGCAGUUCAGCAGCGCUCUGCAGGGAGGUGGUCUGGGGAUGUGGCUAAGGAAACCGCCAAAACUGGGUCACUUCACUGUCAGUGUGUCAAAAACUGAGUGUUAAAUGGUGAUUAUGGAGGCUGCAGGUUUUCCUUUUGGCACUGCAUCACGAAGAAGUUUCAUUUUAUUUAAAAUAAACUCCGAAAGUGAAAGUGGCCUGAACAGAGACAGCUGGGACAAAGUUAAACAAUUACAGAUUAAUACAAUGUAACAACACUGUUAAAUAACAGACUAACAGUCUAAUUGCGCGAUUUCCUUCUCCUGUUUUGGUCCUGAUGCGUUAUAAUUAAUGCAAACAGAGGGUCAAGAGGGCUUCAGCAGGUCUCUAAUGUGAAUAGCAACUGUACUAAUAGCACCUCUCAAAUCCUUUGUACAAGUAAAGAUAGGCCAGCAUAUCCUCACCUUCCAGAAGUGUCCUAAUAAGGUCUACAGCUCGUGUCGGUCCUUGUGAAAAAUUCAAACCAUAAAUAUAUUGUAACAAACUUUCUUAUCCCAACCUUAACCAACCAGCUGAGCCAGCAACACUGAAAUUUUAGCCGUGAAUCGGAAGCGAGUCCCAACAUUGAGUUUGAAAGGUUUCUCUCCUCACAAGUUUUUUGUCUUUUGUGUUUUUGUUUAUUCUGUUUAGAAAUGUUGUGUUUGAUGUCUCAUUAUUAUUAUGUCUAAUUAUCUUAAUGUAGGCUGAAAAGUGAGUGCUGUAGGCUCAGGAGUGUGAUGGCACACUGCCCCCUCGAGGUAGAUGGUGUGCUUUACAAACUGUAGUCUAGGUUUGAUGAGCAAGAAGUUAAUCUAAUCUAACUUUAAUUUACUUUAAUUACAGAUAUUCCAGAGACUUAUUUUAAUGUGUUUUUGUGUUAAUUUAUAGGAAAAACUAAAUUUUGUUGAAUGUGACAUAAAAGAGAAUUUCUUAUGAAAGCCAUCGGUGUUGGAUACUAUAAAGUUUCCAUUAUUAGACAUCCAGAUUGUCUUCUAUAUUAGUCAACUAUUUUUAUCACUGGAAAUAAAAUUAUUUGUGUUAGUUUGUGUUAUUUUUAUCUAUAAAUGCACAACAAAUUUAAAAUAAAAGCCCCCGUCCUAAAAAGCCCCAAGACAUUGACACAAUAUACACACACAAAUCAGACAGACAGCAAAUGUUCAAACAGCACAAAUGGUUUAUUUUUGUUUCACAAGCGAUUGCUUGUUCCUUGUUACACAGCUAUAAUCCACAAAACUCAGUAACAUAUUUUCCUUCUCUUUUUUUUUUUGGGAGAACUGUGAGCUGUUGUGUUUUUGUUUUACAUCGACCACACGAAACACUGUUUAAACACCAGGAGUCUGACGAGGGUUCAGGAUGGCAGCUUAAUGACGGCCGAUGCUCAGUGAUCGGGUUUUUCUGAUGGCGUGAAAAAUGAAACUUAACGUUCGGUUAAAACUGGUGAGUCGUGAAGGUGAUAACAAAGUGGCUCAGUGUUGGUGGAAAGAGCAGUCGAGUGCAGCGAAAAAGUCAACAAGGACAAAAACACACACACACACACACACACACACAAAAAUGUUCUGUUAUUUAAACCAGGGAUGACGACCGGAGGAACAGAUUAGAGCCCCAACUUUAAAGAUAAUGCAGAUAAUGACCACCACUGCAUAUACAUGCGAGAUAAGAAUACAAAGCGUCGGUACUUCAUUUAAUCAGGAUAUCCUAAAGUUAAAUCCAUUUUCAGUCUCGUGUGUGGCGUCACUUACUCCUUAACAUCAGAGCACAGAGCCCUGCACAACAGCCUGAGACCUCUGCUCGUCAUUUUCUCAAUCAGUUUUCAUUUUUUCCUGAUAAAAGUUUGAGAUUUCCUAUCAACCUCCUACUCCCAGCACAUUAUUUAGAUUUCGAUGAUCUCUGAAGUUCUUUGUGUUCUCGUAAGUUUAGCAAAAGUUCUGACAAUAACAUAUGCGGUUUAAUACAAAAUAAA